CCGACAGGGUGACACUCGGGGUAGUAAACAGGCGCUAGCAGCGUUAGCUGCUCGCUGGUUGAAGGCAGAAUGGCCUCAGCUGAGUGUUUGCCUCCUGCUCAUGAACUCUGCCGGACUGAUGUGGAGAAAAUCUUCGUCCACUGCCGGGAGGAGCUGCUGGACAUCAGCUGGAAACCGGAGAUAAAGUUACAUCGAAUCGACCUUCCACAUGCCAGUGAGAGUGAGGAAGAGGAGGUCUGUAACCAGGAGAGGAACUCCAGUGUGGACCAGGAGGACCCAGAACCUCCACAGAUUAAAGAGGAAGAGGAAGAACUGUACAUCAGUCAGGAGGGAGAGCAGCAUGUACUAAAGGAGGAGACUGAGACCUUCAUGGUGACUCCUGCUUAUGAGGAAAGUGACCUCAGUGAAUCCGAAUCGAGCAGUGACCAGCUCCUCUUUCCCGACUCUCCUGAAACUGAGAGCCAAGAUCAGGAAGGAAGCAUCAAUGAAGCCUCAGGGUCGACUAGAGAUGCAGCGCUGAAGCCAAAGAAGAGACAUCCCAGAAACAGUGACAAUAUAGAUGCUGUCAGUAAAUGUGACAUUUGUGGGAAAGACUUUCAUGAGGAUGGGAACCAUGACAGAACCUCCACGGACAAGCCGUAUGCCUGCAGCACCUGCGAGAAAGAGUUCUAUCAGAUGUACAUAAUGAAAUAUCACCAAAGCGCCGUCACAGAGGAGAAACCGUUUUCUUGUGAAACCUGCGGGAGAGGUUUCAGAGCUCGAGAUAAAAUGUUGAUUCACACGCGAAUCCACACGGGUGAGAAGCCAUACCUUUGUAACGCCUGUGGGAAAAGCUUUUCUCAGUCAUCAGCGCUGAAAAGGCAUGCACUAAUUCACUCGGGCGAGAAGCCAUAUUCCUGUAAAAUAUGUGGGAAAACUUUCUGUCAGAGUAGUGAUUUGACUGUCCACAGCAGAAUCCACACAGGCGACAAGCCGCACAUCUGUAAGAGCUGCGGGAGAAGGUUCUCUGAUGCGUCCGCGUUUAAAAGGCACACAGCCAUUCACACGGGAGAGAAACCGUACUCCUGCAAACUGUGUGGAAACAGCUUCAGGCAAAGUGGCCAUUUGCUGCGCCACAUGAAAAUCCACACAGGCCAGAAGGACUAUUCCUGUCAAGUAUGCGGCAAAAGUUUCACUCAGAGCGGCGGUUUGAACGUCCACAUGAGGAUUCACAAUCGAUAGAAGCACUGCUCUUACAAAUCCAGGAGAAGCUGCAUCGAUGGUGGUAAUAUGUACGUCCACACGAGGAUUUACACAGCCAGGAGGGGGGGUAUUCCUGCCAGACAUGUGGGAAGAGCUUCAUUUAGAGAGGCAGUUUGACAGCCCACAGGCCCACACAGUCCAGGGCCCUGUGGUACAAAACCAGUUCAGCAUACCCAGGGUAUCUUCUGUUAUCUGGAUUCACUUAGCCUGGUGAUCAGGAUAAGCUCUCCAAGUUAACUCAGGGUUCAUGUAAAAGGGGCGGCAUCUGACCAAUCUAAGGGGUGUUUCACAGGUCACAUGACUCUUCCACAGAGAAUGGUCCCUGUGAAUGCCCCCUACUCCAGAGAUGAUAUUGCAUUAAAUAAACAUAAACAUCCCAGUAAAAUGCAGAACUGUUGUAAAAAGGACGAGAGAUGAAUGCCGCAGAAAAUCAUUGAUGUAGGUGUGGUCUGCAGAUUGAAGUGAAAUUAAUUUGAUUGGUUGAUCAAAUAUGAACAUUUAUAGAACAAUACAAAUGCUGUGAGAUUGCUGCCAACAGAAAAAAAAAGUUAUUUGCUGGAGGCUUGACUGGUCAUUGAGCUCUAAUCUGGGUCCUAACCUGCUGGUUCGCAGCAUAGGUUACAGUAAAAAGAAAAGCGCGAGUUAACCCUGAUGUUACCUGGAUGAGUCAGAAUCCUGCAGGUUUGUGUGUGAAGCAGCACUUGGAGGAAGAACGAGUGAAGCCGAGCGGCCUGUGUGACGGGGUUACCUGCACCUGGAUCAGUCACACUAAUCAGUUUUACUUCUCAGUGUCCAGUAAACCGUAAACGUGGUGAAUCUGUAAUGAAUGAGUUCAGUUUUGUGUGUGAACGGGUCCCACUGAAACGUGGAUGUUUCUAAGAGGAAGUGUGAUGUCAUGGGUUCAGUGAGCCGUGCUGAGACCCGAUCAGAGCUGGGAAAUAUUUUUGCUUUAUUGUUGUGAGUGACAUGCUUGACAUGUUGUCACUGUGCUUCAGGUAAAUAAGAAGCUUAAAUGAUUUUCAGCUCAUUUCAUCCUGUUUCAUUCCUCCGUGUUUGAGAACAGUUUCAUGAGUGGGUUUCCUUCUCUUCCUGUGGACCGUGUUUUGGGACGUGCUGUUCGGGCUCUGCUUUAAACACACGUCUAAUAAGAAUCAUUUUAGUGCUGAAUACUCAGUAAUUUAAACUAUGAGCAUCAGCUGGAUGAAUGAUGGCACUAACUGUGUAACUUUGUUGUAUUGUGACAAUAAUGCUUGGGGAAGCAAGGGGAAUCAUGAGGCUGAGUGAAUGUGAAGUAGAAGGCUGCAGAAAGCUGUGGCUACACUACGGGAGUGAAAGAGGUCAAAAAAAUGAAGAAGAGCUUUUUACUGUUUGAGCUUCAGGGCAGUGAAUGUUGCUGCUGUCGCAGAAGGAAAAUGGGAGCAGGCCAAAUUUUAUCCCACCUCUGUUACCCCUUUUCCACCGCUGGGGUUCCGGUACCCGUGCUAUUCCCAAAAGAACCGGCAAAAACCUUAAGAACAGGCCCGUGUUUCCACCGUGUUUCUGUGAACUGCUCCUUUACGUAUGAGUGUGGGCGGGUCCUCAUCUGGACACGAAGCCGAAGCGCACAAACGUGGGAGAACACGCUCCCCUUUCUGUGCCGCAAAUACGUUUUAGGGUCCA